AUGGAGAACAGCUCUCAUUCUAUGCCCAACAUGAGAAAGAACGUGAAUAACGUUAAAGACGCAGACUCGCGCAAGCUCUACAGUUUAUCGCUAUCGGAGAUCAGGAAGCACUCCAAUUAUGCUGAAUAUAAUCACAAGCCAUCACCGUUUAAUCUUCGAUGGAUCAACGGUUACAACGCGAAGGUGGGCGUGAUCAAUCUCAACGUAAACGGCAGCACCACCGCCUUCUACGCGGCCUGCAACUGCGCAGUGCUCUACAACUGGACCACCAACCAGAUGCGGAUACUGCAAGGACAUCGGCAUGCGGUAGCGUUCUUAGCAUCAGACAGCAAGGGCAAGUGGCUGGUGACAGCGGACUCUGGUCCCGAAAACAUCGUUAUCAUUUGGGACAGUAGGGACUACUUCCCACAGAGAACGCUGUUUUCGCCCCACAAGGAGACAAGACUGGCCAAGGUUGCUCUCAGUGCCGACGCCAAGUACCUCCUCACGCUGGGGUACAAGGGCAAAGCGGCCGUUUACUGGUGGAUCUGGUCGGAACCUCUGGAGGAACCACAUGCCAAGUUGCAUGUCGAUAUACCCCGAGACUCAGUCGUGGCGAUGGGAUUCAACCCUUACGAUUCUAAACAGUUUCUCCUGAUGACAAAACAAGAAAUUUGGAUUGGCAUAUCACGUAAAGUGUUCGUGUUCGAGCGAGGUUUAUGGAAAGAGACUGAUGAGUACGAGCUCAAAAUCAGAUGCCCUGAGAAGAACGUGGGGCCAGAAGUGGGCAGAAUGACUUGCUACACCUUCGUGGAGGAUACUGCGCAAGUACUCGUGGCCACGAGCAGAGGCAAUGUCAUCGUCUAUGGACACACCAUAGAACACAGGAAGCGUGUCGAAGACACCAACUAUGAAAACUUGAGAUACGUCAAAGUAGUAAAAAUUGAGAAGGAGAAAAUCAAUGUCAUCAAGAACGUAGAUGGGUUAAUAGUAACUGGCAACAAGGUCGGGGAGAUCCACUUCUACGACGACCAGCUGAAGCUGCUGUACUGGAUACAUGGCUUCGCUGUGGACAGCGUGCGCGGUCUCAGCUUCAACAUCGCGCCCCGUAGCUACCAAAUAUUCGACCCUCAGUGCAAAAAGAUGUGUCCUUGUUGGGAAAAGAUAGUGACGGAAGUCGACCCGGAGACAAAAGCCCUCAAACAAAAGCUUCUCAAGACGAAAAUUCCCAGUGACGCCACCACCGAGGGAAAACCAUUGGUCGUGCGAGAUUUUAUUGUUUGUACACACAAACAAGGAGUGGGAUUUGUCGACUAUGCGGUAGAAAAGUUUCACCCCAUCAUUGAGAACAAACCAUCGCAUGCCCUCUCGCUCUCGGUGCACCCUGAAAAGCCUUUUGUAUGCAUCGGGUACGCCAACGGCACGGUGGAGCUGUUCAACUUCCUGCAGCACAAGGUGUUCAUGCGGCUGGAGCUGCGCGAGCGGUACAAGGUGGUGGUGCCGCCCAGGGACGACUCCAUCAAGGGCGACUGCGAGGUCACCACGCCCGACCUCUCCGUCACCUGCCUCCAAUAUUCACCUUCAGGCUUACACCUGGCAUGCGGGCUGAACUCUGGCGAGCUGAUAUUCCUCGACCCCACCACCAUAGCGAUCCUCAACGAAACACCGUACCGUGACUCCUCGUACGAAAUUAAACUCAUCGAUUUCAGCUACGAUUCGCUCACCAUGGCAUACUCCGAUGCAGGUCGAACGGUCUGCGUGUACAAAUACGAGUGCGAUUCGCUGAGAUGGCAGUUUGUGGGCAAACACCGUGCGCACUACAAGGACAUCACGGCGCUGUUGUUCCUGCCUCAGAAGAACCCCGACGGAGAGUACAAGCUACUGUCGCUGGGCGCCGACCGGAUCAUGGUGGAGUACGAUAUCGGUAGAAGCGCCGAUGAUUACCUGGAGGUGGCGAGCUUGGACCGCGUGGAGCAGACCGCAGUCCCGCUCACUGCCAUAGCGUGGCUGCCACCCUCGCACUCUUUAGACCCCGACACGCACCAUACGAAUCUACCAACAAUACUCAUUGCCAACGACGAGCACAAGUACAAAUUGAUGAAUUACGAGACGACCAUGACCGUAGCGACAGUGCUGGGCCCCCGCUAUGAGUACCCGGUGUGUUGGCUGAAGCUGGUGCGUGCACCGGGCGAGGGGGAAGGCGGACAAUACCUGGUCUUCGCCACCAAUAACGUGAUAGGGCUGCAGAAACUGCCCCUCGACGGGAACCCGUGGAAACAUGUCGGACUCAUCGGACAUCCACUGCAGAUUAUCGGUAUGAGUUUCCGGGAGGACAGAAGCACACUUUUCACCAUCGGAGCGAAGGACAGCUGCAUGUGCCAGUGGGCCGCCAACUACAGAUCAGUAGAAAUGACUACAAAGCGAGGAGGAGUCGACUUGGAUCCCUACUACUGUCUGAUCGAAAACGGACGCCCUGGCUGGCUGUUCCAAGAGAUCCGGGACCUGUUCUACUAUAUCCAGAUCCUGUGUCAAGGCACUUUCUCGCCGGCGAUGCGGCGCGUCAAAGACUUCAUUCCAGUCGACUCGCUGCCAGAUCUAAUGAGGGUUUUGGGGUUUUUUCCUACUGAAUACGAGGUAGAGAAUCUCUUAACUGAGGCUAAAUACAAAGUGUACCAGAAGCAGCCUUCAUCGGAGGUGGAUUUCGAGGAGUUCGUGAAGUUGUAUCUGAACCAUCGGCCGGCGUUCGGCGACAGUUAUGCGCGCAUACGCAGCGCUUUCCACCACUUUGCUCUGGAACGGGAGAACCAUGUGAUGACGCGCGACGAAUUCAUCGACGUUCUAUCCAAUUAUGGCGAAUGUUUCUCUCAAUCCUUGUCGUGGUAUCUGCUGUCUAUACUGUCGGGGCACAGCUUUGAGGACAGAGCCUCUAUGACUGAGGGCGAUUUUUCUUUUCUUCCUGAGGAUAUAACAUUGAGUGACUUCACUACAACCAUCAUAGGCAUACAAGACCUGGACAAUCUAUCAGAGCAGUACUCAAUCAAAGACUCCUAUGGAUCACAGCAGACAGGGUCUUCUAUGGACUCAGACGAUAAAUAA